AUGAAACAGAAGGAAAUACAGGGGAAGUGUGGCUACAUGUCUCCAGAAUACGUGGUGAAUGGGCUUUUCUCGACAAAAUCAGACGUUUUUAGUUUUGGUGUUCUGGUGUUGGAGAUUGUGAGUGGGAAGAGAAACAGAGGUUUCUUUCAUCCUGAUCACCACCUCAACCUCCUUGGACAUAAGCAACCUCAAGCAACUAUGGAAGGGAUGAAAUUCAGAUCAAACGGGCAACCGAAGGGUCUGACAAUAAUGCUGCUACCCUAGAGUCUUCACAGGUUC